AUGGCUCCUGUGGUUUCACCGGUUGUCUCAAAUUCGUUGGAUGUUACAAAUAUUGUAGUAAACGAAGGUCACGGAGUGAAGGGUCUUGCCGAGAUGAGCCUUGAAACCCUACCUGAAAAAUAUAUCCAACCGUUGGAAGAAAGGAUAUCAACGAGCAAAGAAGUGGAAAAAGAGUUUGUACCCUUGAUUGAUGUGGCGAAUUGGGAUGAUCCGAAGGUGUUGGAAUCGAUCUGCAAUGCUGCAGAGAAGUGGGGUUGUUUUCAGAUUGUUAAUCAUGGGGUGGCUAUAGAUGUACUUGACAAUUUGAAGGACGCAACUCAUCGGUUCUUUGGAUUGCCAGUAGAGGAGAAGAGGAAAUAUUUGAAAGAGCAUUCGCUAAGCACCAACGUGCGGCUUGCCACAAGCUUUAAUGCUCAAGUAGAUAAGGCUUUGGAAUGGAGGGAUUUCCUUAGCCUCUUUUAUGUUUCAGAUGACGAGGCUGCUGCAUUUUGGCCUCCUGUUUGCAAGGAUGAAGCACUGGCUUUCCUGAAGAGUUCUGAAUUUGUAAUUAGGAAGUUGUUCGAGGUGCUAAUGAAAAGACUGAAUGUGAAGGAGAUUAACGAAACAAAACAAUCUCUUUUAAUGGGUUCAAAGAAGAUUAACCUUAAUUACUAUCCAAAAUGUCCUAACCCUGAGCUCACAAUUGGAGUCGGACGUCACUCUGACAUCAACACACUUACUAUUCUCCUCCAAGACGAUAUUGGUGGACUGUACGUGCGAAAGACAGACGGUGAUACUGAUAGUUGGAUUCCUGUUUUACCAAUCAGUGGAUCUCUUGUCAUCAAUGUGGGAGAUGCACUCGAGAUUAUGAGCAAUGGUCGAUAUAAAAGCAUUGAGCAUUGUGUAACUGCUAAUGGAAGCAAGAACAGAGUUUCAGUGCCAAUCUUCGUGAGCCCAAGACCUUCUGAUGUAAUUGGGCCUCUACCAGAAGUGCUAGAGAGCGGAGAGGAAGCGAUGUACAAGCAAGUUGCCUACUCUGAUUACAUGAAGCAUUUCUUCAACAAAGCCCUUGAUGGAAAAGGCACACUUGAACUUGCAAAGAUAUGA